AUGGCGGUGGUGGUGAGUUCGUUGGCAGAGGGCGGCGAGAUGCAGCGCUGCGCGGUGGUGCGCUUCUUCGUGAGGGUUUUUUUCCUCCGCCGAAGCCUCGGCGGUUGUCUUCUUUUCUCGGCCUCGAGUCCCAUGUUUGACAAAGAAGGGAAUAAGACCGAGUUGACAGACGGGAGUAAAGAGCCACAGCCUGCUGUCCGAACCACUCCUCCUCCUGAACACGAAAACCGCACCGUAAUUUUUCCCUUUCGGCCCAAACUCGAACAGCCAAUCAUGAACGUCCCACAACAAGUCCACCAACACCCCGUCCAAGAAAACCGUCGCAUUUCCCCGAAAAUUCCACCUCAGCCUCUUUACCUCCACCACGCUCUUCCGGUCCACGGACACCGAAAGCACCCGAUCCUCCCCACAAAACUUCACCAAAAUAUCGUGAUAAAUCCCCGUCUCACAAAAUCUCACCCUAGCCGAGUAAAGUCCCUCCCCCGAGAAAUACUCCCCACGCGAGACAAGCCAGAAUUCAGGCGAGGCCCGACAAUUCGAACCGCAAUUUCGGGCCUCGGGCUCUCCUUCAACUUCACCGAGAAUUAA